AUGGCCGAACAAAAAACUGAGGCAUAUAAGAAAAAGCAAGAAGAACUGCGUGUUCAAUAUGAAAAGGAACAAGAACUACAUGAAAAUAAGGCGUUGCUAAGUAAGGACAGCAAGGAUAAACUGAGCUUGAAUUUUAUGUAUGAACCUCCGCCUGGCGUGAAAAAAGAAAGAGAACGUGAAGACAAUGAACCUGAGUAUAAAUUUGAAUGGCAGCGUAAAUACAAUGCGCCAAGAGAGAGUUAUUGCAAAGGAGAUAAUGAGAUAAGAGAUCAGCCGUUUGGGAUAUUGGUUAGAAAUGUCAGAUGCAUCAAAUGCCACAAGUGGGGUCACAUAAACACAGAUAAGGAAUGCUCAAUGUAUUCACUGUCAAUGAGUGAAGCUCGAGCCUUGCAAGCAUCUUCAUCAACCCAAGAGGAAGAAGAAGAGAAGCCUGAUGUACCAACACUAAUGCAACAGAUGCGCGAUACAGGCUUAGUGAUGAAACCUGGUGCGUUACCAUUAGCUGCCACUAAAAUUGAAGAAGACGAUGCUUCUGCCUUAACCGAAAUGGAUCUGAUAAGUCAGUUGACAAAGAAGCAAAAAAAGAAAUUGUUAAAAAAAUUGGAGAAGAUGGAAAAGAAAAAGAUUAAGAAGGAGAAAAAACAUAAAUCCAAACAUUAA